AUGACAGCACUUCUCACUCCUCUGCUCUCUUCACUGAUGGACUCGCAGGCCCCGGCUCUCCCUCCUCCGCUUCCUCUGACAGAUGCAAAAGGGGAAGAGGGGGAGGGAGAGAGCGAGGAACUGGGUUGGGAUGGAUGGGUUGUUAAUGAUGGGAAGAGUAGCACUUCUCACUCCUCUGCUCUAAUCACUGAUGGACUCUCAGGUCCCUGCUCUUGCUUCUCAAACCGCUCACCUUUGGCUGUGCCACCAACAGCAAUGGGUCCAAGCGGUGCUACUGCAGGGAAGCCAAAUGCGGGGGCCGCGGAUGGUGCAGCUGAGAAGGCGAAUGGGCUGGCUGACGCUGAGAAGGGCACAGAGAAGGACACUGGCGCAGGUGCUGCCGCAGCUGUAGCGGCUGUAGCACCCUUAGAGGCUGCCGCGGCUGUGGCAGCAGCAGGAGGAGAUGAACCAGCACCAGGGGAAGAUGAAGCAGCAGCAGUGGCAGCAGCAGGGGGAGAACCGGCAGCAGGAGCAGUAGGAGAGGACGUGAGUCCAAAGCUGACAGUGCCAGUGGUGGGAGAGGAAGAUGAGGCAAGCCCGAAACUGGCAGUGCCGACAGCGGCAGCAGGAGCAGCGGCAGGGGGAAUGGAGGAGGAAGGUGAGAAGAAGCCGCUAGGAGGUGGGAAAGGGGGAGGGGCGCCGGGUCUUGGGGACCACAUGUUGACCCCUACAGGCCCGAACAUAGGAAUGGAGGGAGCAGUGGCGGUGGUAGUGCCAGUGGUGGUGCCAGUGGUGAAGCUGGUGGGGAUGCUGGCAAUCUUAGUGGUAGUGGUGUUGGCAGUGGUAGUGGUGGGUGCUGCUGCGGUUGCUGGGGAGAAGGCGAAUGGGGAUGUGGUGAACGCAGGGGCGUUGAAUGAGGUUGCAGGUGCAGUUGUUGGAGGAGGGACGAGGAGUGACGAGGGGGAUGGGGAGGAGGAGGAGGAGGAGGAGGAGGAGGAGGAGGAGGAGGAGGAGGAGGAGGAGGAGGAGGAGGAGGAGGAGGAGGAGGAGGAGGAGGAGGAGGAGGAUGAGGAUGAGGAUGAGGAUGACGAGGAGUGA